AUGGGUGAACGAAAAGGCCAAAACCUGUAUUACCCCCCUGAUUAUGAUCCCAAAGUGGGGGGGUUAAACAAAUUUAUGGGAACUCAUGCCUUAAGAGAGAGAGCCAGAAAGUUACACAUGGGUAUAUUGAUAAUACGGUUUGAAAUGCCAUACAAUAUAUGGUGUGAUGGCUGCAACAAUCACAUUGGAAUGGGGGUGAGAUAUAAUGCAGAAAAGACGAAAAUUGGAAUGUACUAUAGCACUCCUGUAUAUCAAUUUAGGAUGAAAUGUCACCUUUGCGAUAAUCAUUUCGAAAUUAAAACUGACCCUGGUAAUUUAGAUUAUGUCAUUGUGUCUGGAGCUCGGAGACAGGAGAACAGGUGGGAUCCUACAGAAAAUGGUCAGAUUGUUCCAGAAACUAAAGAGACACAGAAAAAACUUUUUGAUGAUGCUAUGUUUAGACUAGAGCACAAAACUGGGGAUGAGGAAGCAAGUAAAUUAGAUAAACCUCGCUUAGGAAGACUUGUCGGUCGCAAUGAAACUGUUUGGAAAGAUGAUUAUGAAGCAAACUGUGCUUUGAGGAGAAACUUCAGGAAACGCAGAAAAGAAUUAGAAGACGCCUCAGUAAAUGAUAGCCUACUUCUUGCAAGGUCUUCUCUUGACAUUAAUCUGCUUCCGGAAAGUGACGACGAUAGAAAUAUGGCUGCCCUGCUUUCUCUUAGGCCUGCUCGCAGUAUAGAAGAGAAACAAACAGUCACUCGCAGAAAAAUCUUAAAUGCACCAGCUUUACCAAGCUCUAGUGGCCUUAUUACAAGUUUUGGUGGAUUAAAAAAAGAAGAGUCUUUGAGCAAGCAAGGGAAUUAUACAAGAAAUUCUCUGGGAGUGAUAGUCAAGAGAAAUAAAUUAAAUGAUAAUAAGGUAGAAAAUGAGAACAUUGAACUCAAAAAAGAGAGUGAAAUGACAGGAAUAAAAUCAGAGUGUUCAAAAAACAUAAAUAAUAUGGAUAAACGCAACGCGACGUCCUUGGUUGACGAUUAUAGUUCCAGUGGUGAAAAUUCAGAAUGA